AGCCCGAACCCACCACCUCCGCCCAUUUCCGCCUCCUCUCAAAACCUCCGCCUCCUCCUCCUCCGCCUCUCCUCUCAUCCAAUCCCGAGCCACCAAACCCUAAUCCCCCGCCUCCACGCGCCCCCCACCGCGCGUGCGUCGCGCGCCGGCCAUGGGAUGAGCCGCCGCGGCGCGGGAGCUCGGAUCCGGAGCUAGGGUUUCGGGUUGCCAUGGAGUGGGACAGCGAGUCGGACGGCGCCGGUAGCAUCGGCGCCGGGGAGGAGGAAGAGGAGGAGGAGGAGGAAGAGGAAGAGGAAGAGGAGGAGGAGGGUGUUGGGGGAGUUGGUGACGACGGUGGGGCCGGCGGAGGGAUGUUUUCGUUCGCGAUUGAGGGGAUGCUGCGCGCUUCGGGGCCGUGCGGGCUCGUGGUCACCGACGCGCUCGAGCCCGAUUGCCCCAUCAUCUACGUCAACCGCGGGUUCGAGGAGGCCACGGGGUACCGCGCUGAGGAGGUGCUCGGCAGGAACUGUCGAUUCCUGCAAUGCAGAGGGCCCUUUGCUCAAAGGAGACACCCCCUAGUUGAUUCCAUGGUGGUUUCUGAGAUCCGCAAAUGCAUAGACAAUGGUACUGAAUUCCGUGGUGAUUUGCUAAAUUUCAGAAAGGAUGGCUCUCCAUUGAUGAACAAGUUACAUCUGACUCCUAUAUAUGGAGAUGAUGAGACCAUAACUCAUUACAUGGGUAUUCAGUUCUUCACCAAUGCUAAUGUUGAUUUGGGGCCAUUGCCUGGCUCGAUGACGAAGGAACCUGUCAGAUCUACAAGAUUUACCCCAGACAACUUUUUCCAGCCCAUAUCCACUGGGCCAGGGCAGAGCAACUUCUGCCGGGAAUAUUCUAGCCUCUUCCAAUUAACUGAUGAAGUACUCUGCCAGAGUAUCCUGUCAAGGUUGUCACCAAGAGAUAUAGCAUCUGUGAGCUCUGUGUGUAGGCGUUUGUAUCUCUUGACAAGAAAUGAAGAUCUUUGGAGAAUGGUUUGUCAGAAUGCAUGGGGCAGUGAGACUACUAGAGCUCUUGAGACUGUCCCUGCGGCAAAAAGAUUGGGCUGGGGUCGGUUGGCUAGAGAACUGACCACCCUGGAAGCUGUUGCCUGGAGGAAAUUGACAGUUGGUGGUGCUGUGGAGCCAUCUCGAUGUAACUUCAGUGCCUGUGCUGUAGGGAAUCGCGUUGUUCUUUUUGGUGGGGAAGGUGUUAACAUGCAACCAAUGAAUGACACAUUUGUGUUGGAUUUGAAUGCCAGCAAUCCAGAAUGGAGGCAUGUCAAUGUAAGCUCAGCUCCUCCUGGCCGCUGGGGCCAUACCCUAUCAUGCCUAAACGGAUCACUGUUAGUUGUGUUUGGUGGAUGUGGAAGGCAGGGCCUGCUUAAUGACGUGUUCACAUUGGAUUUGGAUGCAAAACAACCAACCUGGCGUGAGAUUCCUGGAGUUGCACCACCAGUUCCACGUUCAUGGCACAGCUCCUGCACCUUGGAUGGGACGAAGUUGGUGGUUUCUGGUGGCUGUGCAGACUCAGGUGUACUACUCAGUGAUACAUAUCUUCUUGAUGUAACGAUGGACAAACCUGUGUGGAGGGAGGUACCUGCAUCUUGGACACCACCUUCAAGAUUGGGCCACUCAAUGUCUGUCUAUGGUGGCAGGAAAAUUUUGAUGUUUGGUGGUCUUGCUAAGAGUGGUCCCCUGCGACUCCGAUCAAGUGACGUGUUCACAAUGGACUUAAGCGAAGAGGAACCCUGCUGGCGGUGUCUUACCGGUAGUGGAAUGCCUGGGGCAGGAAAUCCAGCCGGAGCUGGUCCACCUCCUCGCCUUGAUCAUGUUGCUGUGAGCUUGCCUGGGGGGAGAGUUUUGAUAUUUGGUGGAUCAGUGGCAGGUCUUCAUUCCGCGUCACAGCUUUAUCUCUUGGAUCCAACCGAAGAAAAGCCUACUUGGAGGAUACUGAAUGUUCCUGGGCGACCCCCACGGUUUGCCUGGGGCCACAGCACCUGUGUUGUUGGAGGAACAAAAGCAAUAGUACUUGGAGGACAAACUGGAGAAGAGUGGAUGUUAACUGAAAUCCAUGAACUUUCUUUGGCUAGCUCAGUUUGAGGUUCGAGGUUUAUUUUUGUAUUUCAACACGCUUCCUUCAGAACAAUCAUGACUAUUCAUGUGCGUGAAAUUUGGUUGUCUUCACUGGCAGGACUGGAACACUGGAUGAGUAUACUGAGUCUUUUGGCAACUACUUGUAUUUACUUGGAAGAGGUGGUUGGCCUCGAGUAGAUCAAACCUACAUUUGGGGUCGCUUGCUUUAUGUAGUCAAGGUGUAGUGAUAUGUUCUUUUUCUUGUUUGUUUUGUCUUUCACCAGAAAAUAUAAUUCAUAAGCUACUCUUGUGAAAUGAGCACCAAUUUUAUGUAUUCUCAGACGCUUCUGACAUCAUUAUGUUAGGGAAAACAGAACCAUCUUGUAUAGCUGAAUCUUCUGUGAUGUAUUAUGCCUCUUGGGCAUCUUGCUGCCAUCUCUGACCUCUUGGACACAAUUUGAUGCUUAUGUGAUGUAUGGAAAAAAUAUUUUGAUC